AUGCCACCUCAAAAACGUACGCGGGAGUCUUUGGACUCAGACUCAUCCUCAGAUGGGAGUGAAAGUGAUAGUGUACAAGAGAGUGCAGGUCCAGCCUCCUCGCCAUACUUAUCCGACGAUGAAGACCUCGACGACGACGAAUUGGAACUGCGUCAAACGCAGAUUAUCCAGGAAAAAUACGCCCAUCUUGCAGACGAUGCCAACACUCCUUCCGAACAUGGAAUUCUUGAACGGGUUGACUGCUAUAACUUCAUGUGCCAUGACCAUUUCUCAGUAGAGCUGGGACCGCUCAUCAACUUUAUUACUGGAAAAAAUGGCAGUGGUAAAAGUGCGAUCCUUACCGCGCUGACUCUCUGUCUGGGUGGCAAAGCGUCUGCAACCAAUCGCGGGCAGAGCUUGAAGAAUUUCAUCAAAGAAGGAAAAGAGAAUUCGAAUAUCAUUGUUCGAAUCAAAAACCAGGGUGAUGGUGCAUACAGACCAGAGGCUUUCGGAAAAUCAAUCAUUGUCGAGCGCCAUUUCACCAGGGGCGGCUCCAGUGGUUUCAAAAUCAAGGCAGAUAAUGGACAUAUUGUCUCGACCAAAAAAGCUGAACUGGAUGCCAUCACUGACUACUUUUCCCUGCAAAUUGACAAUCCCAUGAAUGUCCUGUCUCAGGACACUGCUCGUCAGUUUCUUAGUACCUCUAGUCCGGCGGAGAAGUACAAGUUCUUCGUAAAAGGCGUUCAGCUGGAACAGUUGGAUCAAGACUACCGUUUGAUCGAGGAUUCUAUCGAUCAAAUAGAAGAGAAAACCAAGAACAAGGAUGAGGACAUCAAGAUCUUGAAGACCCAACAUGAGAGCGCGAAGAAAAAGCUCGAGCUUUCUGAUAAACAUGAGUCCCUCAGAGAUCACAUCAGAAGUCUUCGCGAGCAGAUGGCAUGGGCUCAGGUUGAAGAGCAAGAACAAGCUCGAGAUGCUCUUGCCGAGGAGGUUGCUAGAGCAGACGACUUGAUUAGAAGUGCCGAAGCCGCCCUUGACGAAUUCGAUAGCAAAAUCGCAGCAGCCGAAGCUGAAUACGAAACAGCCGCGGACUAUGCGCUUGAGGCCGACAGGACAAGGGAGACAGGAAAAGAAGAACUGGGUGUCAUCGAGGCCAACUUAAACGAUGAAACAAAGAAAUGGAACGAUCUUGGAGUCGAACACCGCAAGAUCAGAGAGUACGUCAAAGCAGCGGAGAUGGAACUCGAAAAGGCGCAGGCAAAAUAUGACAAGGAAAGCCAACGCCUGUCUUCAGUGAGCGAUGGGGGCUAUGCCCGAAGGCAGCAGGAAUGCACCGAGGCUAAGGAACGUGCCAAUGAGGCCGGCAAUAAACACAGAGCUCAUCGUGAGAACAUCGGUCAACUGGAAGAAGAACUACGACAGGCUGUAGAACAUGAGAAGACUGUCAAGCAACAGGUUGAGGUCAAGAAACAUGAUCAUUCGGAAGCAGCCAGUCGUCUGCAGACCCUUCAAAAGAAUAACGGCCCAAGACAGCAAGGUUUCCAUGAGAAGUUGCCUGCCCUAAAACAAGCAAUUAUGGCAGAGAGAUCCUUUGCUGUGCGUCCUGUGGGACCUGUGGGACAUCAUAUUACUUUAGUCCACGCCAAAUGGUCAUCGAUUCUUGAGCAUGCCUUAGGCACCACUCUUAACAGCUUCAUCGUGACAUCCAAGCGUGAUCAGACUACACUGUCGAAUAUCAUGCAGAGGGUAGGCUGUGAAUGCCCGAUCCUUAUUGGAAAGAAUCGCGAUAUCGAUAUCACGUCUCAUGAGCCCGAUGCUAAGUAUCAAACGGCUUUACGAGUUCUGCAGAUCGAUAGCCCCGUUGUUCAGCAACAGCUAAUCAUCAGGCAUACUGUUGAGCAAAUGCUACUCAUCGAGAAUCUCGAAGAAGCAUCUGCAGUGCUCUUUGACGGACAUCGUCCAAGAAACGUGAAACGAUGCUUCUGCAUAAAUGCGAGAGAUAGGCGCAGAGGACACCAUCUUUCCUUCAAUCGAGCGGGUGAUCCCAACCAAGCGCCAGUUCCAAUGUACAAUGGUCAUCCACGCAUGAAAUCUGACGCAGCCGCCCAAAUCAGUGCGCAGCGAGAGAUUGUAGCAGACCUUGCACGUCAGUUAAAUGACGUCCAGCAGGAACUUCAGGCGGCUCGUUCAAAGGUCAAUACCUGCAAACAAGCCAUUGUACGACACCACAAAACUGAAGAGAGUUUGAAGGUGGACAAGCAAAGGAUGGAGGAUGAGGCUGAGGCCCUUCGUGAGGCACUUGAGAAGGAAAACGCUGAAGAUGGGUCUAUUGAGAGCCUUACUGCCGACCUGAACUCAGCCAAGGAGAAUAAGGCUCUCAUGGAGGGUUCUUUCGAGGAUAGUCGUGCCGCACAGAAGGAGCAGUAUGAACAAAUCAGACUUGCCAAGCGGGAGAGAGACGCAAAGAAGCAGCAGAUCGAGUCUCUGAAUGAAAAUGCUCGUGUUGCAGAAAGCGAGCGCUCGGUUGCGGAGGCGAAGAAAGUCGAAACCAUCCGUGAGAAAAAUAGAGCCAUCGAAGAUAUCGAGAGCCGAAAAGGGGAGAGAUCCGAGCUCAGUGGAAAACACGCCAAGCUUGAUGAAACAGUGCUUUCCUACAUUGAGAAGGCUAGCACAGUUUCUCCCAGAGUUCCUGUCGACGAGGGUGAGACUACCAAUAGUCUCGACACUAAGCUCAACAAACUGCGAAAAGAUUACCAGCAGUUCACCCAAAGAUUGGGUGCUACACGAGAGGAAAUUGCGGCGGAGGCCACACGUUGCGAAGCUGCCUUUUGCUCGGCAAAGCAACAAAUUGACGACCAAAAAGCGAUUGCCCAGCAAUUGAAAAACACACUCCAUGACCGCAAGAAGAGAUGGGAAAUGUUCCGUUCCCACAUCUCCUCUCGAGCCAAGGCUCAAUUUACCUACCUGCUGAGUGAAAGAAGCUUCCGGGGUCGGCUCUUGACCGACCAUAACAGCAAGCUCCUGGACAUCCAGGUGGAGCCCGAUAUCACAAAAGCAGACGACACUGGUCGCGGUGCAAAGACCCUCUCUGGAGGCGAGAAGUCCUUUUCGCAGGUCUGUCUUUUGCUCGCUCUUUGGGAAGCAAUGGGGUCCCCUAUCCGAUGUCUGGAUGAGUUUGAUGUUUACAUGGACCAUAUCAACCGCAGGAUGGCUAUUGAAAUGCUGAUGAGUGCAGCUCGCCGAUCCAUUGGGCGGCAGUUCAUUCUGAUUACACCUGGAAGCAAGGAUGAUAUCAAGAUCGCUCCUGAUGUCAAAGUUAUUGAACUCGCGGAGCCCGAGCGUGGGCAGACCACCUUGCAAUUCCAACGAAGGUAG